AUGUCGAAACGAAGCUGGUCUGAAGCCGAGAAUGGCGAGACUCAGUUCCCGCCGCAGAUCUCGAGGAAGGUCAAGGCUUGUACGGCGUGUCGAAGACAGAAGAUCAAGUGUCUGAUUGAUGAGAAUGGACCGCCUUGCCGACGAUGUGCGGAGAAGGGGCUUGGCUGUGUAUUGGGGAAGAAUCUACAGACAAUUCUGGAUGAGAAGUCACAGUACAGUAACUCCCCUCUUCAGCACUUCACCUUACUAAUAGUCUUCAGAUUCACUCAAGAUGUGGUUUCAGAUCUCGAGCAGAUGCACAAUUUCCUCAAAGAAGUCGCUGGUAGACUGGACCUGAUCUUACCACCACUCCGCUCAUUCUCCGGAUCAGCAGAGGGACCAAAAGAUGAAUCACCAAGCCUGUCAAACAAGGGCCAUCACGUUCCCUCACGCGACAACUCACCAAAGCUCAUGCCAGAAGACGAUGAUGUUCCCUACGCGCCUAUUCACUCACUAUAUACCCUCACAAAACUACGCGCUCUUCGGUCUCCAGACGAUAUGAAUUCGCAGCAGAAUCCUGGCAUGGAAGAUGUGAUAACAAAACGUCUCAUAUCCUUAGCCGACGCAGAACGACUAUUUAACUUUUACAGAAAACGUCUGGAUCCAUAUAUCUAUCUCAUUGGAUGCCCCUAUGAGACGAUGCAAGAAUGUCGACAGAAGAGCCAAUUUCUUCUCGUAGCAGUCCUUACAGUAGCUGCUCUCCAUGACUCAACAGCAGAUUACAUCUACCCCGUGAUAAGCUCUGAAUUCCGCAGACUCUUCGAAACGUCAAUAUUCGAAAGACGGCUAAGCCGCGAUUAUCUCCGCGCCCUGUGCAUCGGGUGCUACUGGCUCAGCGACUUAUCAUGGAUGUUAUCAGGCCACGCGAUACGAAGAGCAGCUGAAUUCGAUCUUCACAACAGCUACGACAGAGCUAUUGAAAAAGCUAGCACUGAGGAUGCGCAGUGUGCAAGGAUUUGGUACAUACUCUGUGUUUGCGAUCAGCAGCUCGCGACGCAGUAUGGGAGACCGUCGAUAGUGCAGGAGGAUCCGUCGACGCAGGGCGCUACGGAUUUCUUGCAUUGUGCUGUUUCUCAUGAGGAGGAUAGACGGCUGUUGAGUCAGGUGACUGUUCUGUACCUAUACUCCCACGUCUUUCGAGGCCUCUCCAAAGACGAACCUAUCCCACACUACUUCCUCGACUGUGCUCUAAACGGCAUAAAAGCCGCCACGACAAUCAUCGACAAAUUCGUCAACGACCCCGACGUAGCCCUCGGCAUCGUGGGGAUGCCAUCAUACGUCCACUCCAUGACAGCAUUUGCCUCCAUGUUUCUAACAAAAGUGGCAACAAAAUACCAUGAUCUCAUCGAACGCGAUAAAGUGUACGAACUGAUCAUGGGAUUGGUGCAGCAGUUUCGGUCUCAGCCAGCUGGGAAGUGGCAUCUGGCGAAUCUCAUGACUGGUGGGCUUGAGAGGAUGGCGCAGACGCUCAAGCUGGAGAUCCCAGGGGAUAUGGGGCCGCCGUUGGGUGUUGAGAUGGAUCAGAAUGCUGAUGCGGGGAUAUCGGGAGUUUCAGGGGUUGAUGCUUUCUUCCCUGACUUACCGGGCGAUUUCUUCUUUAACUACGAUAUGAGCUUUGAGAUGUCUGCGCCUUUGUAG